AUGUCUAGGCUCGUUGCACGUGCUCUACCUGCCGUCCGCAUCCAAGGCCCCAAGCAUCUCGUCGCGUCUGCCACCACCCGCUCGCUCUUCAGCCUACCAAUCACCACCCGACCGCAUCGAGGUUUGCGUCGAGCCGUCAAGAUGGCGACGCAGGCGGGCAGCUUCCCGUCGUUCACCACGGUCAACUUCUAUGCCGGCAGCAAGUUGAACCGGCUCUCGUGGUUGAGGACCUCGACCGAGUUUCUCAACUCGACCAUUGCGUCGCCGCACACGCGCUUCGUGCUGAUGAAGCACAACAAUCCGCUGUGCCACGGCUCGGGCGACAACGAGGGCAUGCUCGCCACAUUCUCCUGGGACGAGGUGAAGAAGCAUGUGCUGCAAAACGUCAAGGCCUCGGGAGGAGUUAACGGCGAAGAGGAUGCGUUGGUGUUUGGACCUCAGGCGUACGGGCUCACCAACGGCGCGGGCGAGAAGGAGUUUGCGCGCGCCACCGACGGCGUAGGACCGAGCAGGCUGGCUCUGGUGUUUCUGGGCAUCGACGAGUCGGAGCUCACGCAGACGUCGCUGCCGGGCCAGAUGGCCAAGGACGGCGACAAGCCGGAGGGCGCGCCUGCGGGCGUGCCGUACUUUGCGCUCUCGUUGACGUACCGCCCGGCGUUUGUCGAGGGCGAGGCGCCGAUGCAGGCGCUGCUGGACGAGAUCGAGGCGCAGGGUGACAAGUACGACUUCUUGGACCUGCGUGCCUCGUCGCGCGCCUCGGCAUGGCCGCGCGAGCACGCCGCCAUCGUGGCGCAGGCCAAGAGUCUGCUCGACUGGAACGAGCGCCACCAGUACUGCCCCGGAUGCUCGCGCCAGCAGUACUCGCUCUGGGCGGGAUACAAGCGCGGAUGCAGCUCCUCGCUCGGCCUCGCCGCACCCGGCUCGCACUUCGCAGCGGCUUUUCUUGCGGGAAAGACGUCGUUCGAGGAGGAUGGCAAGGGCGUUUGUCCGUCGACGCAGGUGCUGAGCAACUUCCACUAUCCGCGCACGGACCCGGUGAUCAUCAUGGCGAUCAUCUCGCCCGAUGGCGAAAAGGUGCUGCUGGGCAGGCAGAAGAAGUGGCCGGCGGGAUUCUACUCGUGCCUGGCGGGCUUCUGCGAGCCGGGCGAGUCGUUUGAGGAGGCGGUGCGGCGCGAGGUGCUCGAGGAAUCGGGCAUCCAGGUGGACCAGGUGAUCUACCAUUCGUCGCAGCCCUGGCCGUACCCGACCAACCUCAUGGCUGGCUUCUAUGGCAUCGCCAAGACCGACGACGCCGAGUCCAUCCGUCUGGACCUGGACAACGAGCUGGAGGAUGCGCGCUUCUACACGCGCCAGGAGAUUCUGGAUGUGAUUGAACGCAAGAAGAAUGCGCACUUUACGCGUGCCGAGCUCGAAAAGAUCGACAAGGAACAUCAUUCUUCUGAUGGGGAGGACAAGGCCAAGGACAAGGUGCAGAUUCGUCUGCCCCCCGACACGGCCAUUGCAAGAGUGCUCGUCGAGGCUUGGGCCAAAGGUCAUGCGGUGCUGCCUACUCACAUGGACAACUUCCAAAAGACGCGCAUGUAA